AAAAAAAAAAAAAAAAAAAAAAAAAAAAAAUGUAAAAAUGGAGCAAAUUCCACUAAUUUAUUGCCAUUCUUUAGAUAAGCUCAAUGAUUCUGUAUUAAAUAUUAAAAGCGCGAUAGAGGAUAAGGGCAUAUCUUUUUUGCAAGUCUGGGAUUCUGAUAUUUCAACUCUCAUUACUGUCUCUCAGGCUCUAGGAACAAUUCAUGCUCAUGUUGAAAAUAAUGUUAUUGAGGAAGUGAUUUUUCCACAUACGGAUGAAGCUUUUCAAAGUACAAAAAUGAGCCCUCCUAAAAUGGUUUUACUUCAAUAUGUUGAGGAUAAUGUGAAAGGAGGAGAACUCGUACUUGUUGAUAGUAAGAAGGUUCUAGAAUCAAUAUUGGAUGAAAGACCAAAGUUAGCCGAGAUUUUAAUGAGACCUGGAUGUAUUUCUUUUUGUCAAAACGGAGAAUCCUUUUCGAGUUUUCCUGUUUACGAGAGAAUGUCAGAUGAUAGUAUUCGAGUACAUUUUCGUUAUGAUUCAAAAGUAUUUGUGCCAGAUUGGUCUCGUGAGGCCAUAAAAUUUCUACAUCAAAAUUAUCAUAUGAACCCAGAAUUCCAAAUUAAGGUCAUUCCUGAUGAGAAGAAUCAAAUCCUUAUAUUAGAUAAUUAUAGGAUUUUGUAUGGUCAAGAUGCAUUUAUAGGAAAUCGAAAAAUGCAUAGAGUUUGGAUAAAUAGUGAUGCCAAUAUUUCGGUUAGAAAUUUAAUAGAUAAUAAUAAAAACGAUCGGAAAACUCCUAACCUCAAACAUCAAAUAAGUACAGGUAUUAGAUUAAAUCAAAAUCUAAUAGAAAUCGAAAAGAAAUACUUAGAAUUUAAAUAUCAGUUUAACUUUAUAUAUAACCCUGAAUUUAAGGAAUUUACUCCGGUUGCCAUAUUAUAUCAAGCAUUGAAACCUCCUAUAAUUGAUGGAUCUCGGAAACCAUUGAAACCUGGAGGUUAUAGCGAUAGCGGAGCAGAUAUUGCUUAUUCAUUAAAAUCUAAUAGCAUACCUAUGGUCACUCCAGUAGAUAAUCCUUAUCCUUCAUCAGAUAUGGAUUGGGUUUUCCCUGAUACAGAGGAAGGAAUAAAUACCGCUAUUUCAAAAGGAGCAAAGACAGUUUGGGCGAAUACCGUCUUAUUUGAUGCUCAUCCACUGAAUUUUAGAUAUAAUGUUAAAAUUAUUGGCCAAUUACCUGAGGCAGCGCAAAAAUAUGACAACAAAUGGGUAACUAAUAAUUUAAUUAGAAGUCAUGAACUUCCAGUUCCAAAUUCAAUUCUUAUUGGAUACAAAAAUCGGAAUGGUAUUUACGGAUUAAAUGACUUAACCGUGGAGAUUUUACAUAAAGAGAAUAUUAAUUUCCCUCUUGUUCUUAAACCUAUACGUGGACGAGGAAGCCAAGGUGUUAAAAAAGUCGAUACUAUGGAACAGCUCAAAGCACAUGCUGAAGAGCUUUUAUCCUCUAAAACUAAUGAAUUUGGAGAUUCGUUAAUUCUUGAACAAUAUUUGGAAGGAGAUGAAAUAACUGUUGUUAUCAUGCCUCCUGGUACAUAUGAUAUUAAUUUUAAAAGUACCAAUUUUGAUAAUCAUUGGCACUUACCACCAGUAAAACGGUUUAAUCAUCACAAUGGUGUUGCUCCUUAUUCUGGUGUUGUGGCUGUGGUGGAAAAUAGUGAACUAUUAAAUAGUGUGGAAUUACAAGAUCCUACCUAUCAAAAGGUUGUGCGAGAUUGUGAACGAGCUGGCCAGAUUAUAAAAUCAUUAGCUCCGAUUCGCAUUGAUUGUCGUAGGAUAGCACAAGGGAAGCCAUUUUAUUUGUUUGAUUUAAAUAUGAAACCGAACAUAACAGGACCCGGACGCCCCGGACGUGAUAUCGAAGAUAGCUUAGUUAGUUUGUCCGCACGUGGUAUUGGGUGGACCUAUUCGGAUCUUCUCAAGAAUAUACUACGCCAAGCUUGGAUAAUGAAGUAAUAUUAUAUACUAACGUAAUAUUUUAGCACAUUCACAUAUUUAUUAAACAAAAUGUGUCGGUAUUCAUUAUUAUAAUCUUAAAAAAAAAAAAAGAUCUGAUAAUUGGCAGUGUUGGGAUGGUCAUAAGAUUUUUUGUUAUUGUUUCAGUUACAAUUUCUUAUCAAAAUCUCCUUAAUUAAUUAGUGUGAUAACCUGAAUGAUCUACAUUGAGUUAAGCCAUCACAUUUUAGAUUAAACAAAUUAGGAUAAAAUAAA